CCACAUCUCAUCUUUCUUACCUUUCGUUUCCUCCUUGCCUAUCCACACGCCCCGUCUUGGUCCUUCGUAUCAUCAUGCGAAGUGUAGCCGUACACGCCCUUCUCGCCGUCGCCGUCGCAUCGUCUGCGUCGGCGGCCACAUUUGAGCCUACGGAAAUCAAAGCACCUUUCCUCGAACAGUUUACUGAAGGUUGGGACAGUCGCUGGACACCAUCAGAAGCGACGAAGAAGACGCCCGUCGGUGGUGAGACCUUCAGCUACGUCGGCAAAUGGUCCGUUGAGGAACCAUCGACUCCCCUCAUCGAGGGCGACCUUGGUCUCGUGGCCAAGGACAAGGCCGCCCACCACGCUAUCUCUGCACCUUUUGAAACCCCCGUCGACUUCUCGGAACAGCCCCUCGUCGUGCAGUACGAGGUUAAGUACCAGAAGGGCGGGAACUGCGGUGGUGGAUAUGUUAAGUUGCUCGAGGAUGGUUUCCAGACUGAAGGAAAGGAGUUCUCGGAUAAGACACCAUGGGUUGUCAUGUUCGGUCCUGACCUUACUUGCCCUGGUACCAAGGUUCACUUCAUCUUCCGUCACAAGAACCCAAUCACCGGUGAAUUUGAGGAGAAGCACCUAAAGGUCCCUCCCAAGCCUUCCUUCGGCAAGGACACCAACCUCUUCACUCUCAUUGUUCACCCCAAUUCCACCUACGACGUUUUGUUCAACGGCAAGUCUCACAGCACCGGCAGCCUUCUCGAGGACUUCUCUCCCGCUGUUAACCCUGAGGCCGAGAUUGACGACCCCGAGGACUUCAAGCCUGAUGACUGGGUUGACGCCAAGAAGAUCGCUGACCCCGAGGCCACUAAGCCCGAGGACUGGGAUGAAGACGCUCCUUACGAGAUUCCGGACGAGGAGGCUGAGAAGCCCGAGGGCUGGUUGGACGAUGAGCCCGAGACCAUCCCUGACCCUGAUGCCGAGAAGCCUGAGGAGUGGGACGAUGAAGAGGACGGUGACUGGAUCGCCCCCACUGUUCGCAACCCCAAGUGCGAGGAGGCACCUGGCUGUGGCGAGUGGAAGCGCCCCUCGAAACCCAACCCUGAGUACAAGGGCAAGUGGUACGCACCUAUGAUCGACAACCCCGACUACAAGGGCCCAUGGGCUCCUCGUAAGAUCCCCAACCCGGACUUCUUCGAGGACUUGGCCCCGGUUAAGAGCCUCAGCAAGAUCGGUGGUAUUGGUAUCGAACUCUGGACCAUGACUGAGGACAUCCUCUUUGACAACAUCUACGUCGGCCACUCUCCCGAGGAUGCCAAGGCGCUCGCCGAGGAGACCUACGAGGUCAAGAAGGCUCUUGAGAAGGCCAAGGACAUCAAGGAAGAAGAGGAAGAGGAGACCGUCGGUUCCUUCCUCGAGGACCCCGUCGCCUUCAUCCGUUCCAAGGUCCUCUCCUUCAUCGAGUUGGCUCAGCUUGACCCCAUCCUCGCGUUCAAGACUCAGCCCGAGACUGGUGCUGGCCUUGUCGGCGCUGUGUUUACUUUGUUCGCUAUGCUCGGUGCUUUGUUCGGUCUCGUUGGCAGUCAACAGAAGCCCAUCACCAAGGUCUCCAAGAAGACCGAUGCGGCUACCCCAGACGACAAGAAGAAGGACGAAAAUGCGCCUGUCGCGCCCGCUGGUGGAAAGAAGGAGGACGAGAGCUCGGUGAAGAAGAGGAAGUAAAAAGCCGAUUCUGACUCGUUCGUUAUAUUAUAUUAUACGCGAAGUUUUGGUUUCUUUGGCUCGGAGAGAGGGUCGGACGGCACGGCCUUUGACCGGGGUUGGAUUGCGUUGGGCAUAGGCAUGGGUUGACGUAGGGAUCCGUUCACGCAGACGUGUUUUGUGGAUUGCAUUGCGGUUUCGUAUUGGCCAUGGAAAUGCUUUUCUCUCGAUCUCUUGCUUUGGGCGACGGGUCGGAGUGGAUAAAUAUUGGUGGUAUAGUUAUUCUCGGUCUAACUUCUGGUCUCUCAUUAUUAUAUUCUUGAGCCUUAAAGAAUCCAACGUUCCUUCGACU